UGGCAAGAAAUUUAGUGAUGGCCGAUCUUUCAGUGUGUGUGGUUGCCGAUGACCGUUGCUGAAUUUUUGUGUAAAUUAAUCGCGUUUCCUUUAAAUUCUGUGCAAUUCAAUUACUGUGUAUCAAAUAUUCGGAUUCCCGCGUGUUCAAGUGCCAUUUGGUGUAAACUCACAGAAAAAGUGGUGUUGUCGACUUAUUUGUGUGUCCUCUUGUAAUAGGAUCAGUGGUCAAUACAUAUUGGAUUACCGUGCUCUUUGCGCUGUUUAUUUAAUUGUUGAAGACUGCAGCGGCAUCGUCAGCACCCGAAGCCAGCAUAGAUGAAACGUCACUAGCGACCUCUCUGAGCGCCAAGCUGCUCUAGGAUUUCAAAUAGGGGCGGUCUGCGAGUGCCGCUCCGCCAUGUCGCACCACAGCGACGACCAGGCCAUCCUCUCAGCCUCCGACUCGUUCUGGGAGCCUGGUAACUACAAGCGCACGACCAGGCGCAUCGACGACGGCCACCGCCUUUGCAGCGAGCUGCAGGCACUGGUACAAGAGCGGGCGGAUAUUGAGAAGACAUACGCGAAGAGCCUGAAGGGAUGGGCGAAGAAGUGGAACGAUUUGAUUGAGAAAGGUCCGGAGUACGGCACGAUGGAGGCGGCGUGGAAGGGCGCGCUGGGCGAGGCGGAGCGCCUGUGCGAGCUGCAUCUGCGCGUGCGCGACAGCCUCGUCAACGACGUCAUCACGCAGAUCAAGAACUGGCAGAAGGACAGCUAUCACAAGUCAAUGAUAAACCAACUCAAGGAGCGUAAAGAAAUGGACGAGGCGUUCAAGAAGGCGCAGAAGCCGUGGGCCAAGCUGCUGCAGAAGGUGGAGCGCGCGCGGCAGGACUACCACAUGGCGUGCAAGCAGGAGCGCACCGCCUGCAACCAGGAGAGGAACGCCGGCGGGGACAGCUCCUUGAGUCCUGACCAGGUGAAAAAAAUGGCCGAACGCGUCUCCAAAUGCCGGGAAGAAGUCGGCAAGAACCGUGAGAAGUACCAGGCGGCGCUCGCAGAGAUCACCUCCUUCAACCCGCGGUACAUCGAGGACAUGGGCGCCGUGUUCGACCGCUGCCAGCAGAUGGAGGCGCAGCGGCUCACCUUCUUCAAGGACGUGCUGUUCGAGUUCCACAAGUGCCUCAACAUUAGUCAGGACCCCUCGCUCCCCCAAAUAUACGAAGAGUUCCACCAUACGGUAAACAACGCUGACCACCAAAAGGACCUAAAAUGGUGGGCGAAUAACCACGGCGUCAACAUGGCGAUGGCGUGGCCGCAGUUCGAGGAGUAUACGGAGGAGUUCCGGGACAUCGCCAAGGGCAAGUCGAAGGAGAGCCUGCCCACGGGGCCCAUCACGCUGCUGAACCAGCGGCCCGUCAGCGAAGACGAGUUACCCCCCAUAACGAACAACAAGCCUGUCUCCAACAACAAGCCACACGCCGAGCCGUCCCUGCCGGGGCAGCCCGCGGCCAACGGCGCCAGCAACGGACCGACCAUCGACAAGAAGACUAUCAGUGCACCUAUUACUGUCACCAACGGCACCGCCCCGGCAGCGCCAGCCGCCCCGAAGUCCAACAAAUCGUCGCCCAGCAAAGACUCCACAACGGGCGCGGGGGGCGGCAAAGCUGAGAACCCAUUCGAGGAGGACGAAUGGGAUGAAGAAGAUGGGGGCGCGUUGAGAGACACGGGGGAGCCGGGCGUGCCGGUGCGCGCGCUGUAUGACUACACCGGCGCGGAGAGCGAUGAGUUGAGCUUCAGACAAGGCGACCUAUUCGAGAAACUAGAAGACGAGGACGAGCAGGGGUGGUGCAAGGGACGCAAGGACGGCCGCGUGGGGCUCUACCCCGCCAACUACGUGGAGCCCGUGGGGCACUAGUGGGGCACGGGGGGCACCGGGGCACUAGUGGGGCACGGGGCACUA